AUGGCCGGCACAGUCCUCUCUCGCCCGCCUCAACUCACCAGAGAUUUGACAUCAUUCGAGAAAGCCUUCUACCUCUACCAAAAACGCCUAAAUGAACGCCUAGCAAUGCCGUUCAGCCGCUACUUCUACUACAACAAAGGUACACCCGCGGACCCAGAAUGGAAACGCAAGUUCGCAAGUCGGAAGACGCCGAGUAGGGAUAUUGGGGUGUAUGAUGCUUAUGGGGAUGAAGGAUGGAACGACGAGGUGCUGGUGGGUGAUCAGACGGGGGAGAGGGAGAGUGUGGUGGAGAGUUUGAUCAGGGAUGCGGAGGGGAAGAGUAUUGUUGAAGAAGCGGAGAAGGACAAGGGUGCACCUAUUGCUGGAGAUCCGCAAAUAGGCGAGGGGCAGAGGCGAGAAGCGGUGAGAAUUGAGGUUGAGAGGCCGCAGGCAAGGCUCACAGAGGCAGACAGGAGCGGAGAUGAGAAGAGUCUGAAUCGGAAGUUGGACCGGACGUUGUAUUUGAUUGUAAAGAACGGGGAGGGGAGGUGGAGGUUUCCGGAGGACAGAAUAUAUGGGCGAGAGAACCUGCAUCAGGCCGCCGAACGCAUCCUAGUCCAAUCUUGCGGCAUUAACAUGAACACCUGGCUCGUCGGCAACCACCCCAUAGGCCAGCACACCCACCACUACCCCUCCACCUCCGGCCCUAUCACCUCCCUUAUCCUAGCAAACCCGUUGGUAGGCACGAGCAAAGAAAUGGAGAGAGAAGAGUAUGGCGAGAAGUUGUUUUUCAUGAAGGCUAGGAUCAUGGCCGGGCAGCCGGAGCUCAAGGAGAACGCGUAUGGAUUGAAGGAGUGGGCUUGGUUGGCUAAGGAGGAGGUCGAGAAGAAAGUGGGACGGGGGUAUUGGAGUAGCGUGCGGAAUAUGCUCGCUGAGCGGUAG